AUGGCUCAGAAUGGUGAUUCGAAUCAAAAUGAGAACCUGAAUGGUGCUGCCCAGCAACAUGAGAGUGACCUGCAGAAUGAUGAUUUGCAAGAAUAUUAUCGCACCUCAAAGAUACCUUUCAUCAUUUUCUUUAAAGACUUGAGGUUUGUUUGCAAGUUGGAUACCCUUGGCAAGGAGAUUUUAUCAAUUGCAAUUCCUGCAGUCCUUACCUUAGCAGCUGAUCCUGUUGCUUCUCUCAUCGAUACAAUGUUCAUUGGUCGUCUAGGUGCAACUGAUAUUGGUGCCGUUGGAGUUGCUAUCGCCAUAUUUAACCAAGCUUCAAGGAUUACCAUGUACCCUAUUGUGAGCAUUACCACUUCUUUUGUUGCUGAGGAAGACAUUAUGGACAAAAGUAGCAUUGAAGCAGAAAAGGUUGAGGGCAAGAAGCUUGAGAACUUAGAAGAAGCUUCUCCCAAAAAUGUUGAAAUGAAAGAGCCUUCCCCAAAAAAUGCCGGAAGCAACUCUCCCUGUGUUACUACUCCUAAGGGAAAUGAGCCUGCAAAACGCAAAAAGGUGAAGAGAAACAUUCCCUCAGCAACAACAGCAAUAAUCAUGGGCACACUUCUUGGCGUGGCACAAGCACUACUGCUUAUAUUUGGGUCAAAUAUUCUCUUAAAGUUCAUGGGUGUGUCGGCUGAUUCCCCUAUGUAUACACCAGCACGCCAGUACUUGACAGUAAGAGCACUUGGUUCUCCUGCAGUUCUUCUCUCCUUAGCUAUGCAAGGGGUCUUCCGAGGCUUUAAGGAUACCACAACUCCUUUAUAUGCAACACUUGUGGGAGAUGGAACAAAUAUCAUUCUGGACCCAAUAUUCAUCUUUGUUCUUCGUUUUGGAGUCAGGGGUGCAGCCAUUUCACAUGCUCUUUCCCAGUACUUAAUUUCUCUGAUCCUUUUCUUGAGAUUGAUUAGAGAAGUGAAUCUCUUGGCUCCAAGCUUCAAACAAUUACAAUUUGGUCGGUUCAUCAAAAAUGGUUUCCUGAUGUUGACCAGAGUCAUAGCCGUGACAUCUUGUGUGACCUUUGCAGCAGCAUUGGCUGCAAGGCAAGGCCCUACUCCCAUGGCUGCAUUCCAGAUUUGCUUGCAGGUCUGGUUAACAUCAUCACUUCUUGCAGAUGGUUUGGCUGUUGCUGGACAGGCAAUUCUGGCUUGUGCAUUUGCUGAGAAGGACUACAAAAAGGCUGUGGUGACUGCUCUCCGCGUAGCACAGAUGGGUUUUGUUGCUGGUAUAGGGCUCCUUGUUAUCGUAGGAGCCGGUUUAUACUUCGGAGGCGGCGUGUUCACAAGUGACAAACAUGUUCUGCACCUUAUGUAUAUUGGCAUACCGUUUAUUGCUGGUACUCAACCACUGAACACCUUGGCUUUUGUUCUUGAUGGUGUGAACUUUGGAGCCUCUGACUUUCUGUACACUGCAUAUUCAAUGGUGAUGAUGGCUGUUGCAAGUAUUUCCGCAGAAAUCCUCCUUUCUAAAGCCAGAGGCUAUCUUGGAAUCUGGUAUGCCUUGAUCAUCUACAUGGGUUUGCGCACAGUUGCCGGUGUCUGGAGGGUUGGAACAGCAACUGGUCCAUGGCGCUUCCUCAGGGGAAAAACCUCGUCUUAA